GAUAAAAAAGAAAAUAUCAAUGGAACUAUCAUGAAGUUAGGGAUCAUCGUGCAAAUGAGAGAAUACAUGUCCCUAUUAUCGUCGAAUCGCGUGUUAACACUCGACACGUGCCUUACCUUAGGUAAAAAAAAAAAAUAUUAAUAUCGUUUACUAGAAUAAAAGUCCGUGCGUGGUGUUUGAAUGAUUAGUAAAGAGAAAGAGAGAGGAUAAAAACGAUACACAGUUGGAGAGGGUCGAACGAGUGGUCGCGCGUCACUCAAAUUCAAGUGCACGAAGGUACUACGCUGUAUAGUGUAUGCUUCUAUAGGAUCGUAUCGAGGUUUCUCCGACGACACUAUCGCACAUUACUUUUCGGGCCAGUCACUCUCGCCUGUAGAAUUUGAACUCAAAGCGAUUCGGUUCUCUCCGGCGGUCUCAGUCGUUGUCUUUGUGCCGCUUACAGAGUAUCGUUCACCAUGCGUUCCGCUUGCCGUACUAUCCUAUCCUAUCGUCUAACAGUAGUAAUCACGGUAAUAAGUAUUUUAUCAAAUUAAACCUUCAAUCUUUCUUACACUCGAUAGAUAUCGUUCUCGCGAGGUGCCACCGAACGAACUAACGAAAAUUCGACAGAGUUUCAACGAUACUCGAUGAGAUAUAAAACUUCGGUGAACAAAAGACGAUCGAAGGUAUAAUCGAAUGUAUCGCUCGGAGAUAAUCAGUAUCGUUAAAGAAUUCCUCAUCGGCAUAUCGGAGGACAAAGCCGUAUCCGGAUUGACGACAAAAACGAAUCCGCUCGUGAAUAUGAUAUCCUUGAAAUAUUUGUCGAGAUAACGACAAGUAGCACCGAACGAUCUCGUUCUAAAGAACUGAAACUUUUCUGUUUCUUAAGUCAAAAUAUAAAUUAUCAAAUUUGUCGUUUAAUUCGGCGAUGGACUUUGUCUCGCUUACUUUCGUCAGAGUUCGCUAAGAAAAUCUAAUCAAAGUGAGUGCUCGAAGUGAAAGAUCGAUAGGACAUGCUAUCGAUUUAUUUCGAAUUGAAAAGCCCCCGGGAAUAUCGAUCUACGAUUAGGCUAUCUACGAUUAGACGACCCUACUUUGCGUGAGAUCAUUCAUAUGGACGCGCCUUUGGACUCGUUUUAUUUCUCGGACGAGGAUGAUAACUUGGACGAUAAAUUACUCACCGAUGACGAUGAACGCGCGGACAUGUAUGAUAUCGUGGCGGAAAAGGAAAUGCUCGAGGAAAUACGUCGUUCUUUGGAAGAGGAUGCGGAUUAUCCAGCGAUAGUAGGAAAUAGGCAAUUCGCUGCGUGUUCAUCCUCCGAAUCCCUUAUCAGUUAUUGUACAUAUUGUCCGUAUACCGAGUGUCUGUAAAAAAAGGAUCUUUGUUAGUACGAUCGAAGAUGAUCAUACCUUGGAAUGAUUUUUCAAGAAAGGACCGCAGGAUAUCGACUCGCAUCUAUUGACCUCAAGCGCUCCUGGGCUUAUAAAAAUAUUAUUAGUUUUUAGCAAAGAUGAUCAGCAAAUGGAAAUUCUUGCAAAUAUUUCGAGGAGAUUGGGCUGGAGCGUAUCGGUGGCAAAAGACGCGGAAAAAGCCGUAGAAAUCUUUCAAACUCGAGGUCACGAAUUAGUGAUCAUUGAUCACAGAGGACAACGAGCCGUCGAGGGCGAUGCGAUUUGUAGAGCAAUCAAAUCUAGUCCAGUUUAUCACAGUUCCGUUAUUAUUGCACUCGUAAAAAAAUCAUACUUUAUGAACAGUGAGAAAGACGAGAUCGUGACGUUGGAUUUGUUGGAGAAAGGAUUUUCAAGAGCACUUAUGGAGUGCUCGCACGAGGGUAUAUUGAUAAACGAAUUAGUAGGAAUUUAUACCAGUUCAGUAUUACCGAAAACACAGUUGGCGGCGGCUCACGCACUGUAUUUGGCUCUUGACAGAUGUCACGAUAUGGUUCACAUAACUAACGAAAGAAAUAUCGUACAGUUUCUAAACAAAGUGAGCGAAAAAUUAUUAGGAUAUAAAACGGAGGAGUUGGUAGGAAGAAAUCUCGGUGAAAUAGUCCAUUAUGAAAACUUUACUCUGAUGGAGCAGCAGUUGAGCAAGGGCAGAGAGUUCGAAGGAAACAUGAAUUGCAAGAGGAAAAACAAUCAAAUGAUAACGAUCAAUUGCAGAAUAAUACCAUUUUGUAUUACACCAAAGAAGGCAACUCAUUUUAUAUACGUUUACGAUACGUUAUAUUUAUUGGAAAAUUCGGGCCCGUUGAGUCCGAUCAACAGUCCUUUGCAACCAAUGCAAAGAAUGAGUAUACUUUCGACCCGAAAAUCGUCGGACGUGAAAUCUGCCCUUAGCGAAGGGCAUAGACGAUCAAGCUUGCAAAAGCUUCAUAGUCUACAAUUGGAAGCACCAAUUACGAAAGUUAUCACUUUGCUUUCUAACGCCAUCACGGAAACGACGAAUACCGAAACAGCCGCUCAGAUCGACAAGGCAAUAGAAAUAUUGAAAACAACGGAAUUGUAUGUUCCGCAUCUUCGAGACGACAAAGUCUACACCGAUCCUGUCGCUACAGAUCUCGUUGGAGCAUUACUUUCGGCUUCUCGUAAUCCUUGGGACUCGAGAAGAUCAUCGGCAGAUUCCGCUCGAUUAUCCAACGUAAGAGGUAUAAGCGUCGCAUCUACAAGGGCCCACCCGAAGUCUUUUAGAGGACCCCAAGAGAUCAUGGAACUGUUGGAAAACAGUCUCGAAUGGAACUUUGAUAUAUUUAAGCUCGAGAUCUUGACAGAAAAACGGCCAUUAAUCUUUCUCGGUACGAACAUCAUGAACAUGUACGAUGUGCCGACUAGAUUGGGCUGCGACGAAAAGGUCAUGCACAAUUGGCUGAGCUUAAUCGAGGCCAAUUACAUAUCGAGCAACAGUUAUCACAAUUCGACACAUGCCGCAGACGUAAUGCAAGCUACGGCAAGAUUUAUGCAGUCGGAGAGACUGAAGCAAAUAUUGGAUCCGCUCGACGAGGUUGCUGCUUUGAUCGCUGCUGCCACCCAUGACAUAGAUCAUCCUGGUCGAUCCAGCCAAUUCUUAAGUAACUCGAACAGCAAAUUGGCAAUCCUUUAUAAUGAUCUAUCGGUCCUCGAAUCGCACCAUGCAGCGUUAACCUUCAAGCUAUCUCUCUCGGACGACAAAGUGAAUAUUUUCAAGAAUUUAGAUCGAGAUACGUAUAAGCUAUUAAGGACUAACAUAAUUGACAUGAUUCUGGCGACGGAAAUGACGAAACACUUCGAACAUUUGGCGAGAUUUAUGAACGUCUGUAGCUUAAGAGUCGGGGAAGAUCAACCGAUGGAGUACAAUUCUGAAAAUGUGGAUGUGACGGUACUUUUACAGCCGGAAAAUGUAAUGAUGGUAAAGAGAAUGAUGAUAAAAUGUGCCGACGUGUCAAAUCCGACAAGGCCUUUGCGAUCUUGCAUCGAAUGGGCUAGAAGAAUUGCUGAGGAAUACUUUAGUCAAACGGACGAGGAAAAAAAAUUGAAGAUACCAGUGGUAAUGCCCAUGUUUGAUCGGAUGACCUGUUCGAUACCAAAAUCGCAGAUCGGUUUCGUCGAUUUCAUUAUAAACGACAUGAUAGAAGCUUGGGACUCUUUCAUUGACAUGCCAGAAAUGCUUACUUAUAUGCGACACAAUUACGACAAAUGGAAAGAAUUAAACGAUCAGGGUGUAACGACGUUGCAGGAUAUCGAGAAGAUUCAAAUGCAAUCGGACUUGAACAUAACCAGGUUACCCGAGGAACGACGAUGACGAAACGAACGACGUUUCUCUUUUUGAAUUCUCCGUCCUGCUCACUUUCUUACUGGAAAACGAGAAACGAGUUGUUGAAAAACGUUAGACGGCUCCGAUGAGCGCUUGGCAUCCAGUACGUCGUAGCGCAUAUUUAUGCCAUAAAUUAAUGCAGUUUAUACGUUUCAGCAAGUAUAUGUUAUAUAAGAGAAAGAGAAAAGAAAAGAAAAAAAAAAAAAAAACAAUAAAAUAAAAA